AUGGAAACCUUCAUCUGGAAGUAUGCCGCUCCGGUGCCUGAGGACGUGUUAAGAAGUACGAGUAGACAACUUGACUCUAUCAUUGCAGCGGAUGGCACCCUUGCUACGGAGGAGAUGAAUGUAAAACAUACCGAGGACGUACUAGAAUUAGUGCUUCAAACCGCUGGUCUGGUAGAUAUAUCCGAUACGCACCGGGCUGCUGCGUGCAAUCUGACUUGUGCUCUGUUGGAACGCUGCUCCAUCUCCCCGCGGGAGGAUGUCCGGGCAGUCGUCUGGCGAAAUGGUGCCUGGAUCAAGUUCUUCCGAGUCUUCCUUGAGCGAUCUGAUACCGCAAAGGGAAAAUCGAUGAGACAAGUGUUAGUCGUCCUAACAACGCUCUUGAUACAAGCUGGAGACGACUCUGAGACCUCAUCAAUCAAGAAUGGCAUUCUUGAUGACCUAUUCGACAUUCUCUUCGAGCAGAAUAGCCAGAGUAAGGCCAAGCCGGCUCUGCAGGCAUUGACUCAUUUCCUUGUUUCGAAGUUGUUCACAAUCCGCAUAUUGCUUGACGCGUUCCUGGAUUGGAAUCAGCGGCAUGCUCUGAGCAAAGACCGGGUCCCCGAAUCUUUAGAUCAUACUCAGCUGUUCUUGCGGAGGCUAUUCAGCUGUGUUACUCGAAAUGAUCUGGCUCCUGCCGCCGGGCAUUUUGUGGUCACUCUACUUGAUAAAGGUCGCCAACAACAGGAAGAGUUUGCACGCCACAGGGAGCUGUAUCCGGUCUGGGCCCAACCGUUGAGGAGCACCGUCGGAGAAGCGCCGGAGUCUGUACCAGACUUCAGGAACCACUUGUUUCCUGGCUUGUUCAAGCUGAAUUUCGAUGACUACUCUCAGUUUCUGAACCUUCUACAUCUUGAGGAUCAUAUCCGUCUUUGCAAAUCUAACCGCACGCUUGCUUCAGAAGAGAACGGGUUCGAAAACGAAGAUAGCGAUGAAACCCUGCUUUUUGCGGCCUUACAGGCCGGUAAAGAGAUCGGGCUGGUCCAAGAAGUUGACUAUCGAGCUUCCAGACGAAUCGAAUUCCGUAAUGGAGUUGUCAGAAUCCCCGAUAGAUCCGUCGGUCGCCUCCUAGCGCACUCUUCCUCUGGCGUAAGGCUAGCCGCACUGGCGCUACUUGUGACUUCAGUGGCAAUUACUCGACCGUUCACGGUUGAAACGUUCCGAUAUCUCCAGACACACCUGCCUCAUCUUCAUGCCGAGUCGGAUGCGAAUUUCCGUAGCGAAUUGUUUGGGCUUAUUCAGAGAUUCUUUGAUCGCUUGAGGGCAGUUACUGCCGCUCUCGCGAAAGCUCUCGCGAAAGCUCUCGCUAAACAGCAAGCUAUGUCGGAUUCUGGUCGACCAGCAAUGAGACAGGAGGAGCACCAAUCCAAUGUCCUGGAUUCAUUACCUCUGGUACGAGAUUUGCAUACUCACAAAGAAUUUAUACGUUGGUAUGUACGUUUUCUCUCCACUGAACUGAGGCCUGGAGGCCCCUACCAACGGCACAUAUCGGCGUUGAGGUGCCUGACGACCGUAACGAGGUCGGGUCUUGACGGAAGUGUCCCGCAACAGCAUCUUUCGAGACAAGCACGAGGAGGAACUCAGUGGCCAUUUCAUAUCACCGUACUAACUCCCGGCGUUGUUCGUGCUCUGUUUGAUCUCCUUCUCGAUCCUUUCGAUGAUGUACGGCACUCAGCGUCUUUCACCCUCAAGAUGAUUGAUUCGGGAGACCGAACAGCCCCCUUUUGUAAUGCCGCUCCAGCUUUGUUCGAUGCUAUGAAGACUCAGGAACACAGAUUCGCCGGGCAAUCAUUUGCCGCCAGCUUGCCGCCGUUUCUUGAGAAGGCCGAGCGCAUGAUGCAACUCAGUGGCCGUGCAGACCACGCAGAUGGAGUAGCCCGUUCUUAUGAGUUGCUGUAUGAGCAAUCCGCCAAGGAGGAAGACAGUGGACUGAAAGAUGCGGUUCAAUCCAAGGAGCAUAAUACACGGUACUCGAUUGUGAGUCACCUCAUUGAGGGCGUCGAGCAAGCGAUUGGUGUCGUGAACCACGAUCUCUCCAAAGCUGUCAAUGAACAUCCAGUCCAUGGCAUGCUUGCAAGUCUUAAGUACAUCCUCAACAGACCUGAUUUUUACCGCUCGAUCAAAACACCGUCUAAGAAGGCAUCGGCCGACUGGCGUUUUUUGCAUCAGAGGCUCUUUCGGUGUCUUCAUGAUAUAUGGGCCUCUGUGCGCGAUAUACUCUGCAACGACGCCCCCGAGGGCCAUGUCCCGGAAGAUGUUCAAGAAGACGUUGAAACUACCACGAAGGAUGUUCUCAGCUACGCCUGGCGGGCAUUGAAGGAAGCAAGCGCCUUAAUGAGAGUCAUCAUAGCAAAAGCCACCUUCAGCAAUGCCCGUGCGACAGCCAUUCUCGGUGUUGAGGAUAUCAAGGACCUUGGCAAACUAUGCUUUAUCCAACUUGCAGAACUCCGUCAUCGAGGUGCUUUCUCUACCGUGGCUCAGACCUUCGCCUCGUGCUGCUUACGCUGUAGUCAGAUAGAUGACCCAGUAGUGCAAAGACUGCCGAAAGCCUGGUAUGAGGACGCUUUGCAAUGCAUACGUGACAAAGGCUCAACAAUUACCCGGCGAUCAGCUGGCAUGCCAGCAUUGAUAACCGGUGUGCUGAGCGCAGACCCUGAGGGACCUUUGUUCAGGCAAGCGAUGGUUGAUCUCCGCGCGGAGGCCCAGCUUGAGGGACGUCGAACGAACAUCCAAGAAACGCAUUUACCUCAAGUACAUGCAAUGAACUGCCUGAAAGACAUCUACACCGACACAAAACUCGGCCAAAGUUCCGAGCCUUACCUAGCGAGCGGACUGGAUCUUGCAGCAAGUCGCUUGGAAAGUGAUGUAUGGGCUAUCAGAAACUGCGGACUGAUGUUGUUUAGAGCGCUCAUCGACCGACUGCUUGGCAGUGGGGAUACUCAAAAUUGGACAGAGCACGAUUCCGUCAAGGCGUCAUGUCUUUCCUACGAAAAGUACCCUAACCUACUUGAGAUUAUGACUCGACUGCUGCGACCCAGGCCAACCAAACAGGAGGACAAGGAUGGAGAAGCUCGAAGCAACACCUCUCUCUCAGCUGUCGCCGAAGGGGUGUUUCCUGUCCUUCAAAUCCUCCAACGCGCCCCGCCUCCUCCUGCCCAAGCUAGAACCAUCCGCCAACUGGUGCUCGGAUUGACAAGAAGUCCACACUGGCAUGUUCGAGAUAUGGCCGCUCGCACUUAUGCUGGUCUUGUUUCUCCAGCGGAGCAUAGAGAUAUCGUACUCGCAUUGCUCGUCAACAGCUCGUUAAGCUCGCAGAACUCGUUGCAUGGUGAUUUACUAUGCGUAAGAUAUGUCGUGCAUCGCGUCCUGCAAAAGGCCCCAUUCAAGGACCAAGGUAUUCUCCAGCACAUCUUGUCAACGCUACGAGGCCGCUACGAGGAUUUGUUUGAGCAAAAUACCUGCCCUUUCACAGCCGCAGUUUUCCUGGAGGUUCUCAAUGAUAUUGGCGAAGCUGUGUUGGUCGAAUGCAGUCUCUCGUGUAUGCCGCCUAUGGACAAGGAGAACGAUAUCGGCGAAUCUCACAAUGCAAUGUCGUUCGAUGGGCCCACCGGGCAGCUUGCAGAAAGUUUCAUGCACCAAGCAUACAGGGCUCGGAGUGGAAAGCGUAUCAAGAGCAACACCGGACCGGAAUCGUCUCUAUUUAGACAAGCCGCCGCCCGCAACCUUGCGUUAUGUUUCAUCAUGGUCCUUUACCCUACGGCCUUGACGCAGCAGUCUGGCGCAGAUUCCGCCGUCAAAGACUUAAGGAAUCUCAUGUCUGACUCCGCUGAAACUGACACAGAUAGCUGCUGCGCUGUAGUAGAGCACCUCGGCAAGAUCCUCGGUCGCGGAAGAGAUGCAAGGCUUUUAGCUAUAGCGCAGCAUGUGGUGCCACUCUUUUUCAACGUCCUCGAGACAACCAGGAAUGACGAAGUCAAGGCGGUCCUUCAGUCGGUUCUUGCUAAUUUGAUCAACUCUAUUGGGGCACACCAUCUGCCACUCACACCGGCGAAAGACUCAGGAAGAAACAGCAGUAGUGCAAAUCGCGCUACUCAUACAGAACCACCAUCUCUAUACGAGAAUUCCCUUCGUCUCCAGGGACCCUUCCUGGACUCCAAGCUUCAGGGUCAGGCUCAGUGGACCACAGAGCUUGCCGACGAAACACAGCGCCUCGUGCGGCAGAUUCGUUGUGCACUCGAAGAGUCCAAUGCCUUUCCCAUCCGUUACGCGGCAGUCUCCUCCCUCAACUCCAUGCGACGCGUCUGGAGAACGCCAGACCCCUCCAACCACGCCGCCUCCGCCCUGCUCAAUCUCAUGCUAGUCACCUACGACGCGCUCAACGACGACGACAACGAGAUCAGAGACAGUGCCACCAAAGUCGUCACCCGGAUCAUCGCCGGCCCUCGCUACCGCGACGGCAUGAAAGACGUUGUCCCGCUUGUCGCGAGCCAGCGCCUCUCGGAAUACCUCGUAAAGACGUACCCCGAUUCUCGCCAUCUGUGCGAAGAAGCGAUUCACCGGGUCAUGGGCAGCGAUGGCUCAGUCUCGCCCCUCGACGUCCUGGAGCAAGCAGAGCGAGACUCAACUACCCUCUUCGUGCAAGAGAAGCAAAACCUAUUCGUCGAUGACGUCAGGGAGGUUGUCAUCUGGUCGCGCGUCCUUAAAAACCUCUCGGAUGAGGCUGUCACUCGCAGUCGCGCUGCGUACUUCAGCAAGUGGAUCUGGUCGGGCUUGAGCGUUUUCAUGGACGCCGCAAAGGCGCAGGGGGACGGUCCGCUGGGGUGGACAUCGAAGCCAGAGGUCUUUGUGAUGGGGAUGCGGCUUACCUACGGUGCGGAGGUCCUGCUGCACUGGAGGGGGAGGAAGUCGAGGAAGGGCUCUUUUGAGGGGUCGAAGGUGAGGAGGCUGCUGAGAGAGUUCGCGGAUGUUGGGGAGGCGAAUGAAGUGCAUCAGCUGUGGUUGCAGAAGAUUGAGACGGUUUUGUCGGAUUCGGUGGUGGAGAGGUUGGGCGUGAUGAAGACAAAGCUGUGCGAGGUGGCUGGGAAUGUUUGCUAA